AACUCACCGGGCUUUAACCGCGACGCCGGACGAGGGUUUUUGCGGUGCGGAGGGACGUUGCCAGUUGCCGCCAUUAGUACGAAGCUUGUGCCUGGCAUAAGCGUUCGAUCUCGCCAUCGCAAUGGAGGGAUUGAAGGUUUCGGAUGCGGACUUGGUGUUGCGCGUCCCUCCCUCGAAGAGCAGCCGAGCGUCUCAGGCGAUUCUCCGCGAGCUCAGCUCUCACCUCUUCCAGUUUAGUGAAAUUUUUGAUGGAGUAUUAUUGGCUUAUGACGUUGAUAUUGUCGAUCAAAAUGCCAAGAUUAUUCAAGUGAUCCAGCCAUCCUCUGGCGUGAGACUCAAAGCAAAACUGCUGCUUUUUUCUCCCAAGCCAAAUAUGUCACUAGAGGGGAGGGUUGUAAAACUCACACCGGAAUCCAUUCAUGUCAUUGUUCUUGGUUUUGCAUCUGCUGUAAUAAUCGAUGAAGACAUUCGUGAAGAAUUCGAAUUCAGAACUGAUUUGAAUUCAGUUUUGAAAGGCAUAAUGGCUGUAUCGACUCAUAUCUUGCAGAAGCACGGUAAGGAAGUAUUUCGCAGCAAAGCUCACAGUCGACACGUUAUAAAGGUUGGAACCGUGAUACGCUUUUUAGUUAAAAGUUUGGACAAGGAAAUACUGCACAUUUGCGGUUCCCUAAAACCAACCAACACAGGAAGCAUUCAUUGGUUGGAUAAUAAUGUCAUAGAAAUAUCCCUCACAGAUAGGAGUGGUAUGAAAAGAGAGAGCGAGAAUGAAAUGGAGAGGCACGAGCAUGCUGUGUUAGGAGGGGAAAAAAUUUCUGUAUGCAAUGAUCAAAUUAAAAAGUCGAAGAAACGAAGAUUAAGGGAAGAGUCUUAAACGUGGGUUGUUUCAUUUGCUCACAGGUGUUUUCACUUAUUUAUUCUCCACACAUUAUUUCUAGUUUCUCUACCCAUGUCCGGGUGGGAAUGCCCAAGAAUUUAAGAUCAAGGGAGACUACAACUGGUUGAAAUCAUCCGGCGAUGUAUCAUGUUGGCUCCGAUCAUGCAAUCCAGGGUACAGUUUUUUCACACAGCUAGACCAGUGUAUCCUUGUGCAUAAUGCUCUUGGCGUCAUCUUAGAUCUCAAUCGAUACAGUUAGGCUUUGAGUACCUUAUCUUUGUCCAGUGAAUUGCUCUUGGGAUUUGGCUGACACUUUGCCAUUCAAUUAGCUAACUGUUUACUGAACCCAUAUAUGAAAUGUUUUUCUCC